UAUAUAUAUACCGAAGUUGAGUUCUGGAAAGCAGAUGGAAACAUUUAGAAUAUCUUUACUACAACCAUACCCAGCAAGCAUUGAGACAAACGUAAAACUAACUAAGAUUAGUAUCAAUUACUGCUAACAAGAAGAAAUUUUGUUGAAAUGUUGUUUGAUGCUUUCACAAACCGCAUUUUUGAUGAUAUCUUUGACCUUCAUGACCGUUCGAAGCAAGCAACGUCUGCUUGGUUUAGUUGUUGGGGGCCUGCCUUUGAAUUAAGGGAAACAGAUAGCACCAUUGAAGUCGACGUGGAAGUUCCCGGAAUCCCUAAGAAUAACUUGAACAUAGAUUUGGAUGGUCGAAAAUUAACUGUUUCCGGAGAGCGCAAACCAGAUGAAUCUCAAUCUGGUCCUCUCAUUCGUUGGAGUGAGAGAUGCUUUGGCGCUUUUUCUCGAACCAUAGCUCUGCCUCAACAUGUUGAUGAUCGGAUGGUACAGGCCUCUUUAAAAGAUGGCAUACUCAGUAUCAUCAUGAACAAAAAAGAGGUAGAGUCCAGUACAAGAAUUAUUGAGAUUCAGUGAGGUAUGUAAAAGUAGAAACUUUUUUCUCUUCCUCCUCCUCCUUAAUGAUCAUUGUCCGAAAAAAGUAAGGAUGGUAUAAAUCUAUCACUUGUUUAUCGGUAUGAAUGAAAGCUUCAAAUUUUCCUUAAUAAUGGCUUAAUGACACUCGCUUCUAUAAACUAGCUACGGAGUAUUUCUGUUGAAGACUAAGAAAGCACAUUAUCACUCGAAUAUUUAUAAAUAUCAUUAGAGUGAUACACUUGGAUAGACAGAGAUGCAGUUAGCUGCAGAUGCGAUUUUUAUUAUUUUGUGUAUUUAUCUUCGUCCUAUGAAUAGUUUACGAAAAAAAAAAAAAAAAAAAGUACGAACUCUUACUGCAAAAGUACACUUCUCUUGUUGAAAGCACAAUUCGGCGUGUACCGUUUGCAUACCUCUUUACAAUAAAAAAGCCUAUAACAUGCUUUGAUUCAUCAAAAGGAUAAACUGUCAAUGGAAGAAGCCCAACCAGAAAAAAUAGUAUCUUUUCAUUGCUUUCAAUGACUAGCUUCCAUCGAUAUUCUGGUGUUUCAGUAUCUGUUUUAAUAAAAAAAUUUUUAUCAUUAUAAUUAAUUCUAUAAACUAUGA